AUGUUUGAAUCAUUCCAACAGGGUCCUCCCGACCCCAUGUUCUUUCUCAAGAAUGUGGCAGAUCAAGACUCAUCACCGGAGAAAGCUGAUCUUGGUGUUGGUAUCUAUCGAAACGAAAGUGGCCACUACAGUGAGCUCGAAGCUGUUGCACAGGCCAAGCUCGUAUUAGCUGAGAAUAAUCCCGGCCACGAUUAUGAAAUCACGACAGGCAAUGGACAAUUCUUAAACCACGCUGCGAAUCUCUUGUUUGGAAAAGAAUGUCAAAGAUUGAAAUCUGGGCAUGUCGCAUCAGUGCAAACCAUCUCCGGCACAGGCGCAAACCACAUCGCUGCUUUGGCGCUGAGUCAAUCUGUCUCACCUCGCCCGCAGGUUUACGUUGGUACCCCAACUUGGGGGAACUACAAGCCCAUCUUUGAACUGGUUGGAAUGGAAGUCAUCGAAUAUUCCUACCUCGACCCUAAAACGCGUUGCAUAGAUUUCGCCUCUAUCUUAUCGGCAGCUCACUCAGCCCCAUCGCGGAGCGUGUUCAUUCUACAAGCUUGUUGCCAUAACCCUACAGGCGCCGAUCUGGCGAAAGAACAAUGGCAAGAGCUUGCCCUGGUCAUGAAACAACAUAAUCACUUUGCAUUUUUUGACAUUGCUUACCAGGGUCUGGGCAAUGGCAUCGUUGAAGAUGCCUAUCCAAUCCGCUUGUUUGCUGACCUUGAAUUUGAGAUGUUUGUUUGCCAAUCCUUCUCAAAAAACUUUGCUUUGUACGGGGAACGCUGUGGUGUACUUCACGCUGUGUGCCCCAGCGGAGAAACAGCAGCGAAUGUCCAUGACCGACUACGCUGUUUGAUCCGAUGGGAAUUCUCGUCCUCACCUGCCUACGGCAGUCGGUUGGUCAGUAUUGUUCUUGAAUCGGAUCAUCUUACUGGCGAUUGGUUUAAGGAGCUCUCCCAUAUGCAACAGAGACUGAAGAAUUUACGGAAGCAACUUCACUACAACUUGGUGGAGGUUUUCAAGACACCAGGGAAUUGGGAGCACAUACUGAUGGAAACUGGACUAUUCUCCUACCUCAAUCUUACGCCUCAACAGUGUCAGUCUCUCAUCGACGAUCACCACAUCUACCUCCCACCGAACGGUCGAACUAAUAUUUCGGGACUGAAUCAAAGCAAUAUCGUAAAGGUGGCUAAGGCUUUAGAUCAUGUUGUAAGAUUGAGAUUCGAUAAGGAAGUGCGGUCCAGGGGAAGUCUUGAAGCGCACAAAUUGUGA